UUUGAAGGAAGCGUCUAUGGGCAUGGGGGUGAGGGUUGUAGCAAAAAUAUUAAAAGCAAGUAAAAAGCAAAACCCUCCUUCUUAAACCCUAGUUGCUUCCAAUCAUACUGGCGGGCAAAAUUCCAAUGGAGUCGCUUCGAUUGAAAACGAACUACCGUUGCGUCCCCGCUCUGCAGCAGUUUUACGCCGGCGGGGCCUUCGUCGUUUCAUCGGACGCUUCAUUCAUCGCUUGCGCCUGCGCCGACUCCAUCAACAUCGUCGACUCUGCCAACGCCUCCAUUCGCUCCACCCUUGACGGUGACUCCGAACCCGUCACCGCCUUGGCUCUUAGCCCUAACGACCGCUUUCUCUUCUCUUCCAGCCACACGCGUCAAAUCAGAGUUUGGGACUUAUCCACGCUCAAAUGCGUGCGCUCCUGGAAGGGUCACGAUGGUCCGGUUAUGUGUAUGACGUGUCACCCUUCCGGGGGGUUGCUUGCUACUGGUGGAGCCGAUAGGAAGGUUCUUGUUUGGGAUGUGGAUGGGGGUUACUGCACUCAUUACUUUAAAGGUCACGGUGGAGUCGUUUCUUGUGUUAUGUUCCAUCCCGAUCCUGAGAAGCAACUUCUUUUUUCCGGCAGUGAUGAUGGUGGUGACCAUGCAACUGUAAGGGUUUGGGAUGUUUCCAAGACCAAGAGAAAGAACUGCAUUGCAACACUAGAUAAUCAUCGCUCGGCAGUGACUUCUAUGGCAUUAUCUGAAGAUGGAUGGACAUUGCUUAGUGCUGGAAGAGAUAAGGUUGUAACAUUGUGGGAUCUUCAUGAUUUUAGCAACAAAAAGACCAUCAUUACAAAUGAGGCAGUUGAAGCAGUUUGUGUAAUUGGUGCUGGGAGUUCUUUUGCUUCAUCUCUGGAUUCAUAUCAGCAAACUGCAAAAAAACGUGUCGGUUCCCGAGCAUUCUAUUUUGUCACAGUUGGUGAACGGGGCAUUGUACGCAUAUGGAAUUCUGAAGGUGCAGGUUGCAUGUUUGAGCAAAGGACUUCAGAUGUUACAGUCAGCAUAGAUGAGGAUGGCUCACGAAGGGGUUUUACUUCUGCUGUUAUGCUUGCCUCAGAUCAAGGAUUGCUUUGUGUGACUGCAGAUCAGCAGUUUCUGUUUUACUCUUUGGAAUGCUCUGAAGAAUUGUUGCAAUUAAAUCUAACUAAAAGACUUGUGGGAUAUAAUGAAGAGAUUGUGGAUAUGAAGUUUAUGGGGGAUGAUGAAAAAUUCCUUGCUCUUGCUACAAAUCUUGAACAGGUUCGGGUAUAUGACCUUGCAUCUAUGUCAUGUUCCUAUGUCUUAUCUGGUCAUACUGAAAUUGUUCUAUGCCUUGACACCUGUGUUACAAGUUCAGGGAGAACGAUGAUUUUAACUGGAAGUAAAGACAACACCGUUAGGUUGUGGGAAUCAGAAAGCGCAAACUGCAUUGGAGUUGGUAUAGGUCACAUGGGAGCUGUUGGAGCCAUUGCCUUUUCAAAAAGAAAACGGGAUUUCUUUGUUAGUGGCAGUAGUGAUCAUACACUUAAGGUGUGGAGUAUGGAUGGUCUCUCAGACAAUAUAACAGAGCCAAUUAAUUUAAAAGCAAAAGCUGUUGUUGCAGCUCAUGAUAAAGAUAUCAAUUCUGUAGCUGUUGCUCCAAACGAUAGUUUAGUAUGCAGUGGUUCUCAGGAUCGCACAGCUUGUGUUUGGAGACUUCCAGAUCUAGUAUCGGUAGUUGUAUUUAAAGGACAUAAAAGGGGAAUUUGGUCUGUAGAAUUUUCUCCUGUUGAUCAAUGUGUGGUAACUGCAUCUGGUGAUAAGACAAUAAGGAUAUGGGCUAUUUCUGAUGGCUCAUGUUUGAAGACAUUUGAAGGACACACUUCUAGUGUGUUAAGGGCAUUGUUUGUUACUCGUGGAACACAAAUCGUUUCCUGUGGUGCUGAUGGUUUAGUAAAGCUGUGGACUAUAAAAACUAAUGAAUGUGUUACUACUUAUGAUAAUCAUGAAGACAAGGUUUGGGCUUUGGCUGUAGGCAGGAAAACAGAAAUGCUUGCAACUGGUGGCAGUGAUGCUGCUGUCAAUUUAUGGUUUGAUUCCACUGCAGCUGACAAAGAAGAAGCUUUCCGUAAAGAGGAAGAGGGUGUUUUGAAAGGUCAAGAGCUAGAGAAUGCUGUCUCAGAUGCUGACUAUACUAAAGCAAUCCAAAUUGCAUUUGAAAUGCGCAGACCCCAUAGGCUUUUUGAGUUAUUUGCAGAACUGUGCAGGAAGAGAGGGGCUGAAGAUCACAUUGACAGAGCCCUUAAGAGCUUGGGCAAUGAAGAGCUUCGAGUAUUAUUCAACUAUGUUCGAGAAUGGAAUACAAAACCAAAGCUCUGUUAUGUUUCACAGUUCGUGCUUUUCAGAGUUUUCAACAUCUUUCCUCCAACAGAUAUUGUUCAGAUUAAAGGGAUCGGUGAACUUCUUGAAGGUCUUGUACCAUAUAGUCACAGGCACUUUGGGAGGAUAGACAGACUUGUUAGAAGCACGUUUUUAUUGGACUACAUUCUAUCAGGAAUGUCAGUUAUUGAACCAGAAACUCAACAAACAGAAUCGAAGGCUGAGUUAUCAUUGCAGUCUGAAAUUGACAUUCCAGACAAAGAAAAUGGCAUCUUGGAGAAAGAUCACCCGCAUGAAAAUACUGCUUCAAAGAAAAGGAAAUCAAAUAAAUCAAGACACGGUUCCCAUAAGAAAGUCAAGGAUGUAGCUUACAACAAGGUCGAAUCUAUACAAUUGCAGGGAUAAUAUUGGUGCUUUCGUCCUCAUGUAUACACAUGUAUAAUUGAUCGAUGGAAGAGCUGUUUUGGCUCAUUAAAAUUUUGAAAUCUUGUCAUUUGAUAGUAUGUAAGCCAAAAUAUUGCUGUCAAUUCAGAAGAUGAGAGCAACAAGGUCGAAUCUCUUGAAUUACAGGCAUAGGGAUUGGUGCUUUCGAGUCCUCCCAUGUUUACAUCUGUUGAAUUCAUUGACGGAGGAGCUGUUUUGGUUCAUUCAGAUUUUAAAAUCUUGUCAUUUGAUAAUAUGUAAGCUAAAGUGUUGCUGUCAAUUAAGAAUAUGCAAGCUUAGUCACUGUAAUUGUAUCAGUAUUCUUUCUUUCGUAUAGAUUAGGUUUCUAUUCCUGUCCUCAAUGUGACAUAGAAAUGUUUCUUCAGCUGUCGAUCAAAAGGCCAUUGUGUUUGAAAGACCGUAUAGGCGCCUAAAACUUUAGCAUGAAUACAACACUUAAUUCUUACUACUCAUUUGAGGCACCGCGGCAAAUUUGACCCACAAAAUUAUGAUGUUCAAUUUCUUCCUCUGUCACAAAUUUAUGAAAUAAGUAAAAUCCUUAUAUUCCAAGUAGACUAUAUUAUUUAGUUCCCCAUUCUGAAUUUGUUAGGCGCGUUACCAACAAUAUCAUAUUGCCAGAUUUUUGUUACUUUUAUGUUUGAGAACUAUACAUGUGCUGGUAACUUCAGUUUGUUAUGGUCAUGGCGUUUUUCCUGU